UUCGCCGUUUUCGGAGUUCGCUCUAUAAUAUAUUAUUUCACUUUUUUGAAUUUGCUUAAAAUUUUGCUUAUCUCAUGACCAAUUUGACAUUGUCUUAUCACAAUUUGCCCUUCACGGCUCACCCCUCUUCACACCAUUUAGAUGGUUUUACUAUAGAUUAUAGACCGGUAGUCUACAAUUCUCCGACCUCCAUUAAAUAUUUAGUAUGUCAAUAAAGUAGUAAAGUACCUAUGUUCUCCCCCUCRGCURAAACAAAUAUUAAUCUGUAAUUUAUCAUGACCAGAACCCAAGAGGAAAGUUGAGAAGUUAUUUCGUGUAAGAACAUCUGGGAACAGCAAGUAAUUCAUAAAACUUCAAAUACGUCUCGUUUUCUUCCAGUAAGGUUUUCCAGUGUAGGACACAAUUGGUAGAACAACAAUAUAAUGGCAACUAAUGAUAAAAGUAAAAAGUUCUCGCGAUGGUAUUUCGGCGGUAUUGGUUCAGCUGGUGCUGCAUGUUGUACACAUCCAUUGGAUUUGCUCAAGGUACAUUUACAAACACAACAAGAAGGCAAACUGUCUGUCAGCCGUUUGGCUAUGAAAAUCAUCAGAGAACAAGGGGUAUUCUCACUGUACACAGGUAUUUCAGCGUCAUUGUGUCGACAACUAUCAUAUUCAACUGUCCGAUUUGGAAUAUAUGAGGUUGGUAAACAAGCAAUGACCACUCCUGGUGAAAAUAUUCCGUUCUAUAAAACAGUGCUGUUGGCUUCUGCUGCAGGAGCAGCUGGUGGGUUUGUUGGAACCCCAGCUGAUAUGAUUAAUGUACGGAUGCAGAAUGACGUAAAGUUACCACUGGAAAAUCGCAGAAAUUAUAAGCAUGCUUUUGAUGGUUUUAUACGUGUUUGGCGAGAAGAAGGGUUUACCAGAUUGUUUUCGGGUGCAUCAACAGCUACAAUGCGGGCUGUUUUAAUGACUGUUGGACAGUUAUCAUUCUAUGAUCAAGUGAAACAAUUAUUGUUAUCAUCUGGAUACUUUGGUGACAACUCUACUACACACUUUUUAUCUAGUCUUACUGCUGGUGCUGUUGCAACAACCCUUACUCAACCUUUGGAUGUGUUAAAGACUCGKGCAAUGAAUGCUAAACCAGGCGAAUUUUCAGGUACACUUGAUUUAGUUAGAUACACUGCAAAGCUUGGRCCAAUGGGAUUCUUUAAGGGCUACGUUCCAGCAUUUGUAAGAUUGGCUCCUCAAACAAUUCUUACAUUUGUCUUCUUGGAACAAUUACGAUUGAAUUUUGGUUACUAUAAAACAUAACUGCAAUAAUAAAAUCAUAGUAACUUGCAAUAUUUUCAUUAAGUCUUAAAAUUUAUGUAUUGACAAAACAUUUUAUUUAUUCAUUCUUCAAAGAAACUUUACAUGCAAUAAAUACUAGGUAUGAAUAUUGUUUUUAUAAAUUAAUGCUGAUCAAAUUUUAAUACAAGUAUUUUGGAGAGGGUUGGCUAAUUAUUUAUAUAUUUGUUUUGUAUUUUAAAAAAAUUUGAUACAUUUAGAUAAAUUAUAGACUGCAACCAAAGCAAUAAGUUUUACAACAAAAUCAAAAUAUUUGUUUUAUAAUCUUAUAACAUUAAGAAAAAUAUUCAUGGAUACAUA